AUGCCACGCCCUUUCUUCCACAAGCUGAUUUUCUCAUCCACUAUCCAAGAAAAACGUCUGAGAGUUCCAGAUAAGUUUGUGAGUAAAUUCAAGGACGAGCUAUCGGUAGCUGUUGCACUCACAGUACCUGAUGGUCACGUUUGGCGUGUAGGACUAAGAAAAGCUGACAACAACAAAAUCUGGUUUCAAGAUGGUUGGCAAGAGUUUGUUGACCGUUACUCAAUUCGCAUUGGUUAUCUUUUGAUUUUUAGAUACGAAGGAAACUCUGCCUUUAGUGUCUACAUUUACAACUUAUCACACUCCGAGAUCAAUUACCAUUCCACCGGUCUAAUGGAUUCUGCACACAACCACUUCAAACGUGCACGUUUGUUUGAAGACCUUGAAGAUGAAGAUGUUGAGCUUGUUUAUCCUUCUUCUUCAGUGUAUCCAUCACCACAUCCGGAAACUACUGCAUCCGCUAAUAAAGGGCAUGCUAGUUCAGCUAUCCAGAGCUUCUUCACUGCACCUGUUAAAGCUGAAGAGGCAACACCAACCCCAAAAGUUCCUAAAAAGAGAGGGAGGAAGAAGAAGAACGCUGCUCCUGAGGAAUUAAACUCAUCUGCUCCACGGGAUGAUGAUCCAGAGAACCGUUCAAAGUUCUACGAGAGUGCUUCUGCGAGAAAGAGAACCGUGACUGCAGAAGAAAGAGAGAGAGCCAUCAAUGCAGCCAAAACCUUCGAGCCAACAAACCCUUUCUUCAGAGUUGUUCUACGACCAUCUUAUCUAUACAGAGGUUGCAUCAUGUAUCUGCCUUCAGGGUUUGCUGAGAAGUAUUUAAGUGGGAUCUCGGGAUUCAUCAAGGUCCAGCUCGGGGAGAAACAAUGGCCAGUGAGAUGCCUCUACAAAGCAGGGAGAGCCAAGUUCAGCCAAGGAUGGUACGAGUUCACUUUGGAGAACAACCUUGGAGAAGGUGACGUCUGCGUGUUCGAGCUGCUCAGAACCAGAGACUUCGUUCUGAAAGUGACUGCCUAUCGAGUCAACGAGUACGUCUGA